UUGACGAUAUCGGCUUGUCAUACAUGUUGAAAUCUCACUAAUGAUUUUUGAAUGAUGGAUUGUAUUAAUUUAAGUGCUGCUUUUUCUUUGCUAACUACAGCAGUAUAUUUCUGGUUGUUUUCUUUAAUUGAAAACUUAUAGAUGAUAGUGUUUGAGAAGGCGUUGAAAAAGAACAAGCUGAGUUGUCGAUCGAAUUUACUUAGCUUUAAUCCCUACUCGAGUGUUGUAUGAUCUUGGUAGUUUAUUUCUGCUGAUUGUUUGAAACUUUUAUGGAGAUCAAUAAAAUGAAUUAAAAGACGACUAACAUUAAUUUUCGAGACUAGCUGUGGUUCUAAGAGUGUUUUGUAAAAAUUAGCAAGAUCAAUGUGUAUCGGUCUGUAUUUAAGGCGCGUCGAGAUACGCGAAAAGAAGAAUCACUGAAUAAUUCUUUGCCUUUCGGAUUUGAUGUGAAUGUUCAACUUGGUCCUAUAGUUUAUAGAUGCUUAAUAUUACCCAGAACUUUUAGGUGAUUAGGAAAGAAAGAAAAUUAACGUGAAUCUUUUAAAAGUUCUGAUUGUACUAAUAAUAAUUCUUAUUAUUAGAUUCAGACACAAAUCAAUCUAAACGUGUUGAUACAUUAGCAACAAAUCGUUCAACAAAGCCAACAACUGCAAUCGCUACCGGAACAUCAGCAAUUAGAAAACCAGCUGUUAGUAGUCAUCCACCGAUACGUAAACCACAAUUAUCACAAACGACAACUAUAACAGUUGGCGAAAAAAUUCAAAAUAAAGAAAAUACGUCUCAUUAUCGAUUGAAUAAUAAUUUAAUAAAUUCCAAAAAUGACAGCAAACAUGGCUCUAGAAAUCAUCUCAAUUAUCUUAAUGAAGUUUCAAAUUCGUUAAGUCCCGCUGAUUCUGUAGGAAGUAUACCAGCUCCCCCCAGCAAUUGUACGUGGCCAUCAUUGCCAAAUUCUGUUCAUAGUAGUCAAUCAGAUUUAACAUCAGCGUCAGCAUUAGCCGUUAAAAAACAACAACAAUUAUCAUCAAUUGGCUCACUCCGUUCAUCGUGUCCAUCGAAUGUGUUGCGUACUAUGAGUGGUAGACCACCAAGUACAGUGUCAAACAAGAUAAACGGUGGAAAUCAGCGAACAUCUACCAUCAAUCAAUCACAAUCAGUAAAUCGUACAAAUUACUCUAAUCCAAAAACGAUUGUUUCAUCGUCGUCUGCACAGCAGUCAUCAGAUAAAAUUGAAACAUUACAAACUGAAUUAAUUGUUCAACGUUUAUUAUGUCAGUCAUUGGAAAAAACGAAUGAAAUUGGUCUAGCACAAUAUAAGAAUUUAUUACAGGGUUUUGAUGUCUUGGCUGUAAUAGCAAAUUAUUAUUUUAAUCAGAAUGAUCGAAUACAAAACACGUUAUCGAGAAAUAUUGAGCAUUGUAACUACUUAGAGUUGUUUAGAAAGACGAAUGAACAGUUAAUUGAACAACAUGAUCAUUCAAAUCGAGAAGCAAAAGAAUUACAUGGAAAAAUUAUCCAUGAUAUGCAUGAACACUAUAAUCGUCUACUGAAAGACAUGGAAGAUAAACGUAAAAAUGACCUGUUAGAGUAUGAGGGACGUCUAAAUAAUCACACACAAGAAGCAAAGAAUGAAAAGGAAGAAAUCGAGCGUCAUUGUCAAUUGUUACAAGCACGCUUACAAUCUCAUUUAGAUAAUAUAUCGAAAAAUGAUGGCAAUGAUACAUUGAUGAAACAUAUUGAAACUUUAGAAAAAGAUCGAGAAAGUUUACAAACAGUUGUUGAUAUGAAAAAUAAAGAACUAGCACAAUUAAGAAUUAAAUAUAAUGAACAAACGUUUGCACUCGAAGAUAAACGUGCAUUACAGAAGAAAAUUGAAAUUAUUGAAAGUAGAAACGAAGAUUUAUCAUGUCUGUUACAAAGACGGGCUGGUAUUGAAAAGGAAGCAAUUUUUCAACGUAAUCAAUUAAGACAAAUGUUUUUACAAAAGGAACGUGAAAAUCGUCGUUUAACAUUCGAAAAUGAAACAUUACUAUAUCGUUUGAAUACUAAGCCUCCAACAACAGAAUAUGAUUGCAAAACACCAACAAGAGAUUCAUCGUUAACAGCAUCUCUCUCAUUAUCAAAUCCAAGAGUGAAAAAGACAAAAUUCAAUUGUUUACAAGCUCAUCGUAGUGUUGAUCCAGAAUUACUUUUAACAACAAAAAACCCACCAAUUGUUAUAUCUGAUAAUAAUACCGAUGAUCCAGAAUUAAUGACAAAAUCAUUGACGUUAUUCGAUGAUGAACAAUAUGACUUAUCUGCAUCACCAAUGGUGCGCUCAUUACCACCACAUUCAACUUUAGAAUAA